AUGACUACAGUAACCAUCACGACUACCCAAGGGGGCGUGGAGCCACUCCAGAAAGAUAUCGCGACUCGCCUGUUAAACGGGACGCUUCAUUCCCAGUGGCCAGCGUUUGAACAGUUCGCCACCAUCGAUGGUCUAUUGAAAUCCCAUGCCGCUCAGCAAGAUGAAGCACAAAGGCCUUUGAUAUGCUAUCCGGUUCGUGAAGCGGCUGAUUUCGAAGAGCAUACAGCCGGGGACAUCAAUCGGUAUACUGAUAUCGCUGUUCGCUUUUACAUGAAGCAAGGUCUCCUACCCGCGGACCCGAGGCUCGAUCAGGCGCCUGUUAUUGCUAUGCUAGCUGGGUCUAGCUUUGAGGUCAUGGUGACUUUCUUCGCGCUGAAUCGUCUUGGCUAUGCUGUGCUUUUCUUGUCUACACGUCUUACAGCCCCGGCUUAUGCCCGGCUAAUGGAGAUGGCAAAUUGCAACCAGAUUAUCAACACGAAGCAAUUUCAGCAAGUUGUAACUGAAAUUUGUACCGAGCGUCCUGGUUACGGUAGCUUCUCUCUACUACAAAGAGAGGACUGGUUCAAUCGGCUUGUUAGCACGCCUCUAUUUGAACGCCCGGGUGCGGAUCCAUCACGAGAAGGCAAGAAGAUUGCUUGGAUCCUACAUUCCUCUGGGAGUACCGGUUUCCCGAAGCCGAUUUUCCUUACCAACCUUCAAACUCUAGCCAAUUUCCGCAAGAGCUUCGGCCUACGCCUCUUCACUAUCAGCCCACUCUUCCACUCCCAUGCUCUGAUGGAGUUUGGACGAGCAUUUUUUACAAGAGCGACAGCGUACCUGGGAAACCAUUCUCUUCCAGUCACAUACCAAAAUCUUUUCGAUGCGCUCCAGGUGGCACAUCCACAGCAAAUCAGUGCCGUGCCAUAUGUCAUCAAACUACUGGCAGAGAAGCAAGAAGGUAUCCAAGCACUAGCCAGACCGCAGCUUGUGCUAUAUGGUGGCUCCAGCUGCCCAGACGACCUUGGUGACCGUCUUGUGGCACAGGGCGUGAAUCUAGUUGCCAACUAUGGAGCAACGGAGACAGGACAAAUCAUGACUUCUUUCCGAGCUCCGGAAGAUAAAGAGUGGCAGUAUACACGACUGCAUCGUCCCGUUGCCGACCUCACUCUAAUGGAUGAGAUCUCGCCUGGGGUUUUUGAAUGUGUUGCAUUGGACGGCCUGCCGAGCAAGGGUCCGUCAAAUUCAAAGCCACCGUAUAGCGCGAAGAACCCAGAAAACUCUUUCAGAACAGCCGAUUUGUUCACCAGACACCCGGAUCCAGCGAAGAGCAAUUAUUACAAGUAUUUGAGUCGGCUUGAUGAUCGAAUCACGCUGGUCAAUGGUGAAAAGGUGCUUCCUAUUCCUAUUGAGGGUCGCGUUAGAGAAGAGCCUAUCGUAAGUGAUUGCGUUGUGUUCGGCUUCCAGCGGACGGUGCCUGGUGCAUUAAUCUUCCGUGCUCCUGGCAAGGUGCCUCACUUGAGCGACGAGGAAUUUUUGGAAGCUAUCUGGCCAGCGGUUGAAGUAGCAAAUUCUCGCGCCGAGACAUUCUCCCGUAUCCCAAAGGAGUUGGUCAUAAUUAAGGGUGCUGAUGUUGUAUACCCCAGAACUGAUAAAGGAACCUGUAUACGAGGUCAGGUUUAUCAGCAAUUUGAGGAGGAUAUCAAGCAGGUAUAUGCCAAGUUCGAGGGGAGUGGCCAGAAAGGAGGUUCCCUCUCACUCAAUGUCUCAGAACUGGAGGAUUGGCUGCUUUCAAGAUUCAGGGAAGACUUGGGCGUACCAAUACCCGAUGCCGAAGCCGACAUCUUCUCGGCAGGAGUGGACAGCUUGCAGACAACACAAAUCUGGAGGUUCAUCAUGCGCGAUAUUGAUAUCGCCGAGCGAGGAGAUCAGCUUUCCCAGAACAUUGUGUUCGAAAAAGGCACUGUCAAGGCACUUGCAAAGCACCUCUAUCAGCUGCGAACUGGUGAAGAAUCCGAGAAGGAAGAUGAGCUUGAUUCCAUGCGCGAAAUGAUCGAAAAGUACUCCCACUUCACUCAACACUUCCCAACCAUCACCCAAAGCCCAGAAACAGAGGUUGUGGUGGUCACCGGCGCAACCGGCAACCUGGGAGCCUUCGUCGUCUCGGAAUUACUAAGGCGACCAACAGUCUCCGAAGUCUGGGCAAUCGUGCGCGCACCAGGACAAGCAGCGGCAGGAGCUCGUCUCUACAAAUCACUAGCCGAUCGCAACAUCACUCUCACCGAUGCCGAAGCCGCAAAGCUUCACGCCGUCCCCGGUGACUUGUCACAGUCGAACCUCGGUCUCAAAGACCACGAUUUGCAACACUUACUGUCAUCCUUGACAUGCGUCAUCCACAGUGCCUGGGCGGUGAACUUCAACCUAGGCGUACGGUCCUUCGAGCAACAGCAUAUACGCGGAACACACAACCUCAUCAAUCUCUGCCUACGCUCCCUCCUACCGUCCCCUGCGCGCUUCUUCUUCUGCUCCAGUGUAAGCGCUGCAAGCAACACACCCAAACCCGCAUCGAUUCCCGAGACGAUACUGGAGAACUUGGAGCACGCACAGAAAAUGGGAUAUGGCAGGUCGAAGCUGGUUACAGAACACAUCACCCGUAACGCUAUGCGGCAGACGGGCAUGCAAGCUCGCGUUCUGAGAAUCGGUCAGCUUGGUGGCGAUACGGUUAGCGCGCAAUGGAAUGAAACGGAAGCUGUUGCGCUUAUGUUCCGAAGUGCAUUGACGACUGGUGCAUUGCCAGAGCUGAAUGAGCGGCUGAGUUGGCUGCCUGUUGAUCAGUGUGCUCGGGCUAUUUCGGAUAUCGCCAUGAAUGUCGCUGAAUCUUCCGAUGCCAAUAUGGUGUACCAUUUGGUUAAUCCGCGGACAUUUAGCUGGAAGGAGGAUUUGCUUCCUGCUCUGAGGGAUGGAUCGACCUUGCCGGAGUUUGAGGUUGUAUCUCCGCAGGAGUGGCUGAGGAGAUUGGCGAGUAGUGAGCAGGACCCGGAGAAAAAUCCGAGCAUGAAGCUCAUCGAUUUCUGGACGGCUAAGUAUGCAAGUCAUGGCCUGUCAGAGACAGGACCAGGGAGGAUCGAAGACGCUGGUCUUACUUUCGAGACUGAGCGGACGGUUCAGGACUGCCCAUAUCUUGCACGUGUUGAGGAUCCCGUUGCCGGUGGCUUGGUACAGAGGUAUAUUGAGUCAUGGAUGGGUCGGUGGACUACCGAAUGA